CAACAUCCAUCUCAACCGAAUACCUAAUUCCUCUAAUCAAUCAUGGGUCGCGAACUCCAAAAGAAGAAGGCCAGAUCAGGCCGACAGCCCGUUAGGCAGCUCAACAGAUCCAAGAAGAUCCUUAACCCCCGAGGCAAUGAUGCUAUUGCAAAGAGCUGGAACAAGAAGGAGACACUCUCUCAGAACUACCGCCGUCUCGGUCUCGUAGCUCGUCUCAAGGCUCCCGCUGGUGGAACAGAGAAGCAGCUCGGCGCAACCACAACCAGCGCCUACGCCAACGAUCCCUUCGCCAUCGCCACGAUUGAAAACGCCGUCGUCUCCGAAGCGCGUGUCGAGCGCGACGCUGACGGCAAGAUCAUCCGCAUCAUCGGCUCCGCCAAGCCCAACCCUCUCAACGAUCCUCUCAACGACCUUGACGAGGGCAGCGACGCCGAGGACAAGCCUGCUGAAGAGUGGGGCGGCAUCGCAGACAACGCCGACGACGAGGAGACAACAGACGUUGUCAAGCAGCUCCUCGAGCAGGCCAAGCAGCCUGAUCUGCCCAAGAAGAGACACCAGAGUGCUCGUGAGAUUGAGUGGUUGGAGAAGCUGGUCGCCAAGUACGGUGAUGAUACGGGCGCCAUGUCCAGGGAUCGCAAGUUGAACCCUAUGCAGCAAACAUCCGCGAACAUCGCCAAGCGACUUCGCAAGAUGCAAAAGGAGAGUCAGGAGUAAAGGAAGGGAAUUAGACACUUUUUUUGAAAGAGAGGGGGGACUUUCGAGGAGAGCCUUCGAGGAGAGCUCAAAAGGCUGAAUCGCUAUAUCAUCAAGUACGGAGCAUCAAAACUGGCUUAGAACAGAAGGCGUUGGGAGUUGGUCUCGAGCAUCUUGGGAAAGAUACACACAAGACGUCGUAUAUAGGAUCCUCAUUUACACGACUGAACUUUCUAUACUGUCAAAAAAGAUACAGGAUAACAACAAGCACAAGUAUGUGUGCCUUGAAUGUAUGGUAUGUGUGUACGUGCAAGUGCCCAACUUCAUAUAUGCAAACCGAGGCAAUUCCUUACAUGGCCCUUGUCUCUUUCUGCGCAAUUCAUGACGCCGUAAAACGCCUCUCCUCCAUAUAGAGGCGUUGUCCACCAUAGAAAAAGGUCGAGCCGCAUUCCAGACGCAGACGUUUCCCAGGCUAUUUCCACACCAAGCAAAAUAAACACCGUUGCGCAAAAACAAAGCAGCCAAUCUAUAUCCUUUCUUUCAUUUACAUGUCUUUGGGGAAAUUUAGUGUCCCCUGUCGUAGUUGGCGGCGGGGAACUGGGCAGGCACAUCCUCGUAUGGGUGACCGCCUGUAGGGUUGGCGUAGCUGGCUGGCAUAGAGGGAGGGGCGCCACCAUGGUACUGGGUGUCGUUCUCAAAGAGCGUGUUGUUUCGUGGGGGAAGGGCACCAAAGCGAUCGGGAUCAUCGUCAUCGGCGCUGUAGGGGUUGGCAUCGCCGUAGCGGGAGUUGCUGUUGUAGCUGCUGUUGUUGUAGCCACCACCACCGUAGGCGCUGCUUGCGGGCUCAUGAUCGUCCAUGUCGACUCGCUCGUAAGCCUCGUCGCCGUGAGGAGCCAUGGAGAAAGCAGCCUUGUCAGGGUCAAUGUUGUCGCUGCCCACCUGACGGUUGUCGUAGCCC